AGGAAGACGACGAGGGGAGGAAGAAGGAAGAAGGUAGAAAAGAGAAGAAAGGAGGUUUUACUAGGGCUUUACAUGAGAAAUCCCCCUUCUUCCCACGAAACCAGCGUGACUCCGACACGCUCUUCUUAGCUCUUCUUCCUUAAAUUCCGACAACAACAGUCAUCCCCAAUUCGCCAUCCACCAGAUCAGAGCACAGAGCAGCGAGAUGAAUCACGUGCUCAGGAGGAGCUCCGGUUCUCUCGGGCCCGCCCUGAGAUCUCUCCCCCACCACCUCCGCCGCGACUCCUCCUCCCCCGCCGCCGCCGCCCGCGCCCUCUCGACCGCCCCGUCGUUCCUCCCGCCGCGCCACCGCCCGCUGCCCCCUCUCCUCCCUCCCUCGCCGCCGUUCGCCGCCACCUCCGUCCGGCACCUCCGCGUCGGCCGCGACCCCAGCACCGGAUAUGAGAUAACGCCCCCGAUGAAUUGGGGGGUUCGGAUUGUGCCGCAGCAGAGGGCUUUUGUGAUCGAGCGGUUCGGCAAGUAUGUGAAGACCCUAACUUCGGGAAUCCAUUUCUUGAUUCCUUUCGUCGAUCGAAUAGCUUACGUGCAUUCGCUCAAGGAAGAGGCCAUUCCUAUCCCGGACCAGUCUGCUAUUACCAAAGACAAUGUCAGCAUUUUGAUUGACGGAGUGCUUUACGUUAAGAUUGUGGAUCCUUACAACGCUUCUUAUGGCGUUGAAAAUCCCAUAUAUGCAGUUAUUCAGCUAGCUCAGACGACGAUGCGUAGUGAGCUUGGGAAAAUAACGCUUGACAAGACAUUUGAGGAGCGGGACACGCUUAAUGAAAAGAUAGUGGAGUCCAUUAACGUGGCUGCCUUAGACUGGGGUUUGAAAUGUCUUCGUUAUGAAAUACGGGACAUAUCUCCUCCUCGUGGUGUGAGGCAAGCUAUGGAGAUGCAAGCAGAAGCUGAGCGUAAGAAACGAGCCCAAAUCCUGGAGUCUGAAGGAGAAAGACAGUCGAACAUCAAUAUUGCGGAUGGUAAAAAGAGUGCUGUAAUCCUAGAGUCAGAAGCGGCAAAGAUGGAUCAAGUUAAUAGAGCUCAUGGAGAGGCAGAAGCCAUCCUUGCUAGGGCACAAGCAACAGCAAAAGGAAUUGUUCUGGUAUCUGAUGCUCUUAAGGAGACUGGAGGUGUUGAAGCGGCUAGUUUGAGGAUUGCUGAACAAUAUAUCCAGGCCUUUGGAAACAUUGCCAAAGAGGGCACAACGUUGUUGCUUCCUAGCUCCACUGCCAAUCCAGCUAACAUGAUGGCACAGGCUUUGACAAUGUACAAAAGCCUAAUUGGCAAGGCCCCAGGGAAUGCUCCAAGUGGAGGAGGCUCUUCAUCUCAGUUGACUGAAAGCUCAGAUGACAACACUUCUUCCUCGGGAAAGGCUGUGGACAAGAUUCCCGUGAUUUCUAGAAGAGAUAGUAUGGAACAGCGUGAGCCAACAUUUUCGCUUCAAAGUCCUCUGAAGGAGAGUAGAAGUAAUCACACAGGACAAUUCGGAAAGAGAACAUAGUUUUUCCUGCAAAACUGUUGCGGCUGAUGUUCCCUUGUUUCUGGUUUCUCAUUUCCUCACAGCAAGUCAAAACCAGUUUUGAACUGUACUUCGCAAAGAAGGUUACAUUGGCUUUUGGGAAAAUUAGGAUCUUCUUCAGACGACCAACGUGCACAUUUCCUUUUGGAGGUGGUGGAUUUUGUUCUACAAGUUGCUCUUCUAUCCGUUGAGAUGGACUUUAAUGAAGAAAUUGAAAUCAUUUUCCCAUUAACUGUGAUGCAUGGCCUCAUUUUGGUCAAUAAAGCUCACGUUCUGCAGUGCAA